AUGACAUCCAACAUGGACACAAUGGCCAGGGUGCAGAGCACACGAGUUGGCAAUACCGAUGAAUCUGCGACUGAGACGGGCGCAAAGCAGGUUAUCAACCCUCUCAAGCUAGCUAUCAUGGAAAACUACACAUCAUCAUCGCCGGCUUCGCCUGCACCUUCAACUGCAACCUCGGGUCGUCGAUCCCGUCAGGCGCGCUCGACGCCAUCUCGGCGCACUUUGGCGUUUGACUCGCGCGCGCAGCUCACGCUGCUCAACUCGCUCUACAUGGUGGGCUACGUGUUCGGGCCGCUCCUGUUCGGGCCGCUGAGCGACCUGGUCAUUGCACUGUUUUGGUUGGGCUGGACCGUGUCGGACAACAAAUCGUCCUCGCCCAUACUUCCUUCAUGGGGUGGCAUGUUCUUCUACAUUGGCUACCAGCUGGUGUUUACAGACAUGGCCAAUUACUUGACCGAUGUCUUCCGGCAGAACUCGGCCUCGGCCCAUGCAGCGGCGGGCAUGACACGGUCGGUCGGGGCAAUUUUGUUGCCAUUGGCGGCCGGUCUCAUGUAUGCGCGGUUGGGAAUCCAUUAG